AUGCUCGCGGCCUUUCUGCUCGUCAGCUCCGCGGCCGCCAAGGCGGUGGAGGCGGAGGCGGCGGACCGCCGGGGGCUGGCGGCGCGCGCGGACGCAGAAUGCUACAUACCGCUAAAGGCCGUUUACGACGCCAUGAACGGACCCAAGUGGGGGAAUGGAGGGCGCUCCUGGCUCAACCCCGGCAUCAAGUGCUGCGAUAAGGAUUACAUCUCGUGCAAAGACGGAUUGAUCGAUAAGAUCCAGUUUAAAUGGAUCCCGUAUGUCAGGGGGACCAUCCCGCCGCAGCUCGGCCUUCUGAGAGACUUAACGGAGCUUGAGCUGAGGAGCAAGGACCUCACGGGUACGCUGCCGGACGCCCUCUUCUCCAGCGACUCCGUCUUCGAAGAGGCGAUCCGCACCUUCCCUCGAAGCCUCCCCUCCCCUCCCCCUCCCCUCCGCCUCCGCCACAUCGACAUCUCGGAGAACGACAUCACGGGCACGCUCCCCCCCAACCUCUUCGUCUCCGGCACCCUCAAGAAGUUCGAGGCAAAGCGCGCCGGCAUCUCGGGCACCAUCCCUCCCACCAUCGGGAUGGCAAGGAACCUCAAGGCGGCUCGAGCCGCCUCUUGCCCCGCCGCACCGCAGCCACCGCCUCCGACCCACGCGCCCCGCCGGGAGCUUGACAUUCGGGACAGCGACAACUGCAAGGGCACCUACAUUACGGUCGACAACUGGAUCGUUAACCCGAUCCGGACCCGGGAUCCGCGGAGGGGCGGGAACCCAAACGCGCUGCCAAAGUACGUCCUCGGGAAGCCUCCGACGCGGCAGCAGUGGAAGCGGGCCAAAUGCAGCGGGUACUCGGGCACAAUCCCCCCCGAGAUCGGGGGGGCCACAAAGCUGCAGGAGAUCCUCAUCAAGAAGAAUGAGAUCUCGGGCAGCCUGCCGGCCUCCAUGGCACUCCUCGAUGAUGUCGAGAAGCUCGAGCUCGACGAGAACAACUUCAGCGGCACCAUCCCGCGCGGACUCCACGUCACCAAGGAGUGCCGCCUCACCGACGCGGACGAC